AUGGGCUCAGUCCAACCACCCACGAAGCCAUGCCACAACUGCCGUCGGCAGCGGCUCCGUUGUGACCGCUCGUAUCCACACUGCAACAAGUGCGCCGCCUCGGGCAAAGAGUGUCUCGGAUACGGCAAGCUGUUUCGCUGGACCGGAGCCAUAGCCAGUCGCGGGAAGCUCGCCGGCCGGACCUCGAGCGCGCCUGUAAAUGCGGACGCGGGCGACGCCGAAGAUGCUGACGCCGGUACUGGCACAGACGGGGACGGAGACGAGACGACGCAGGCCGGCUCUGUGUCACCCGUUGUGCGCUCUCGCAGGAGCUCACCGAAUGCCGGAGCUCUGAAUGGGUACUUUGCAAGACGAUCAUCGACUGGUGCAGAAGCCUUGCAGGUCGUUUCCGUUUCCCAACCUGCGUCUCCCACCGCCAAGCUGAGCAGCCCUUGGGUGUUGGUCGAUCCGCUGUUUCAAGGCCUGGACCAGGCUCAUCGGUUCUAUCUCAACUACUUCACCACCCGUGUGUGCAAAGAUCUGGUCUCCAAUGACGGGCCAGAAUGCAAUCCUUUCCGCAGUCUCAUCCCGCUGACUCGUGCUCACCCAUUGCUGCAGCACAUCAUUGUUGCAGCUUCAGCCGCACACAUGUCCAACUUGAUUAGAAUGGGCCUACCGUACCCCGAUGGCGGGUUUAUACCCGCCAACCGAGAUGCAGCAUCAACUAGGGCGCUGAAUGAUGCAUUGGUUUCUAAACACACAGCGCUGAAGCUAAUGUCUACCGCCAUCCAAAAUCUCGAUACCAUUAAUGCUGACGUCGUGCUCGCAGCCUCGCUUUUUUUCAUCAACGUGGAGUUGAUUGAAUCUGGAAAGCAUGGAUGGAGGGCACAUCUCGAGGGAGCUGCAAAGAUCAUGUCCUUCCUGCAGCUUACCAAGGCCUGGGAUAGCUCAUUACGGGAUUACCUUCUCUCAGACUGCUUCAUCUACUUUAUCCUGGCAUCAGCAUUUAUGCCGGCACGAUAUGCAGCGUCGCUGAACUUUGAGUCUUCCCAGAUUCCAUUUGUGCUCGGCAAGACGGUGGCAAAUAGUUACUUGUGCUGCCCGCCAGAGCUGAUGGAAAUCUUACACGAGGCCUCCCAGCUUUCAAAUAGUGUGAUGGGGGACGAGUCCAACGAAGCCACUACCAUGGCUGCUCUGGAGCUCAUCGAUCGUGCUCAAGCUUACGAUAUUUAUGCAUGGGCUCGCGAUACAGCCAGAGCUCUUGAUCUGCCAAACGAUGUUAUGCAAAGUCGCAUGCAUGCAGGGGCCAGUCAUCGCUUAGCUGCCUGUAUAUAUAUCUUACAGGCUAUUCCAUCUGCCGGGGAGAGGCUUGGUCCGGAGUUUGCCGCCUUCUUGACGGAUGACCUACUGGCGCACUUGAACAUGAUGCCUGUAGAAGACCCCAAUUUCAAGGCAACGACGUGGCCGACAUUUAUUAUCGGUGCGGAGACGAGGGAUCCGGUACGGCAAAAAUUCAUAAUGGAAAGACUACGCAUCAUGACUACAGUAUGUCCGUGGGGCUUUAUCCAUACUGCCAUGGAAACGCUUCAGGUUAUCUGGAAUCUGGCUGCUGAAGAAAGAGGAUCCAAGAGUUGGGUGCAAACGCUGAAAGAUCCAGAAAUGAAUUUCUUAAUCGUCUGA